GGACUCCGUUCUGCUCACCCGCGAGUACUUCCGGCCGCCAGCGCUGGAAGCUGGGCCCGUAGUUGUGGAAUGGCAGCCAUGGAUGCAAGGUGGUGCUGAGAGCAGUGGGGCAUGGCUGCAGCCCUUCAGGUCCUGCCCUGUCUGGUUCGAGCCCCCUUGCGUCAACUCAUCUGGGGGGCUCCAAUGGCCCGGCUGGCCAGUGGUGUGGCAUUGGCAGAGCACGCACAACAGUUGUUUGAGAGUGCUGUGGGUGCCGUGCAGCCAGGUCCCAUGUUGCAAAAGGCACUGUCUUUGGACCCUGAUGGCAGAACGCUGAAGGUUCGGGACCGGAGCUUUCAGCUGCGGCAAAACCUCUACCUAGUGGGCUUUGGCAAGGCUGUACUGGGCAUGGCAGCAGCAGCUGAGGAGCUACUGGGCCAGCAUCUUGUGCAGGGUGUGAUCAGCGUUCCCAAGGGGAUCCGUGCUGCCAUGGAAUGUGCCGGCAAGCAGGAGAUGUUGCUGAAACCACACAGCCGUGUCCAAGUAUUUGAGGGUGCAGAGAACAACUUACCGGAUCAUGAUGCACUGCGGGCCGCACUAGCCAUCCAGCAGCUGGCUGAAGGACUUACAGCUGAUGACCUGUUGCUUGUGCUCAUUUCAGGUGGGGGCUCUGCUCUGCUGCCUGCCCCCAUCCCACCUAUCACACUGGAGGAGAAGCAGAUGCUCACUAAGCUGCUGGCAGCCCAUGGAGCCACCAUCCAGGAGCUGAACACCAUGCGGAAGGCCUUGUCACAACUGAAGGGUGGAGGGCUGGCUCAGGCUGCCUAUCCUGCCCAGGUGGUGAGUCUGAUCCUGUCAGAUGUGGUGGGGGACCCUGUGGAGGUCAUUGCCAGUGGCCCCACUGUGGCCAGCGCCCACAAUGUGCAAGAUUGCCUGCACAUCCUCAAUCGCUAUGGCCUUCGUGCUGCCCUGCCACGUUCUGUGAAGACUGUGCUCUCUCGGGCUGACUCUGACCCCCGUGGGCCACACACCUGUGGUCAUGUCCUCAAUGUGAUCAUGGGCUCUAAUAUGCUGGCAUUGGCUGAGGCUCAGAAGCAGGCUGAGGUGCUGGGCUACCGGGCCAUGGUCCUGAGCACAGCCAUACAGGGUGAUGUGAAAAGUGUGGCUCAGUUCUAUGGACUGCUAGCCCGAGUGGCUGGAGCCCGCCUCAUCUCAUCCACAGCUGGUGCUUCUGUGGAGGAAGAUGCAAAACUCCAUGAGCUGGCAGCUGAGUUCCAGCUCCCAGAUCUGAAGCUGGAGGAGGUUCUGGAGGCUGUGGCAGAGGCUAGGGGCCCAGUCUGCUUGCUAGCUGGCGGUGAGCCCACGGUGCAGCUGCACGGCUCAGGCAAGGGUGGACGGAACCAGGAACUGGCCCUGCGUGUUGGAGCAGAGUUAGGAAGAUGGCCACUGGGGCCUAUUGAUGUGUUGUUUUUGAGUGGUGGCACUGAUGGGCAGGAUGGGCCCACAGAAGCUGCUGGGGCCUGGGUCAUGCCUGAGCUUACCAUCCAGGCUGCUGCUGAGGGCCUGGAUGUGGCUACCUUCCUAGACCACAAUGACUCGUACACCUUCUUCUGCCGCCUUCAAGAUGGAGCACACCUGCUGUACACAGGGCCAACAGGAACCAAUGUCAUGGACACCCACCUUCUGUUUCUGCGGCCUCAGUGACAGCAUCGGUCAUAGUUUGAGAGUCCAGAAGAGGCGUUGGGGCGGGGUCUUAGGGAAUACCAGAGUUGCUCCCCAGGCCCUCACCAGGCUUUAGGGCCUACUUUCUGUCAUAACAGCAAUUAGCUCUGAGGAUAGAACAAGCCCCUUAGCCAGUUUAUUGUCUUUGUUGUUCUCUCCUGAGCAGUCUUUUUGUUCACCCCCCUCCUUCUGUGGAGUGAAGCUAGAGAGAUUGAAAAUAAAAAGGACCACACUGGCUGGGCACAGUGGAGCAUGCCUGUAAUCCUGGCGGCUCGGAGGCUGAGA